ACCCUGGUUAAUUAAUAUUGUGGAUAUUUUUAUAUGGAAAUUUACUUAAUUUAUUUGUGAAUGUAUAAUUUCGACACAGGUGAGUGAAAACGCAAAUGCCGCUGCAAGAGAUGUUUUUUACAAUGAAGAGCUAGAUAAAUUAUCAAAGCUGGUUGGAGAAAAAGAGAAGGUGAUAGCAGAGCAAGCAGCAGAGAUACAAGAAAUGCUGAAGAAAAAUGAAAAUUUAACCAAGCAAAUAACAGAGUUGUCAGCCGAAGUAGCAAAAGCAAAUGAAAGGAACCAAAAAAUGGAAUCUGAAUUGAGCGAAACUGCAAAGAGGUGUGCUGAUUUCCAAAAGAAAUGUGCCGGCUUUUUCAACCAAGUUGUGAGCUUGAAUUCAAAGCAACAAGAAUCUGAGGAGGAGAUUUCUUCAUUCAAACGAGCAUGUGAAAACCUACGUGCACAAGUUGCUGAGAAAGAAGCCAUGAUGGUGAUGAUGAGAGAUUCUGUAAGUGUGUUUAUUAAAUACUGUACAACAGCAACAAAAGUUUUAUGUGUAAUCAACUCUACUGCGUUACUGUAGAAUAUUCCUGAUAAUGCUCCAUGGAGUUUUGCAAAUCAUUGUAAGGAUAAAUAUAAUAAUUAUGAUAAAGAAUUAAAGAACAUUAAAUUUAAAAAGGAAAAAAAAAGCCUAUAAUUUGCAAACCAACAAGAUUGAGUUAAUGCACUAAUUCGUCAGGAAUUGUGAUGAAAAUAUGAUUUUGUAUAUAUUAAAAUAUGACGUCAGACAGAAAUACUGUGCACAUAUACACGCUGAUAAACAGUCAUGUUUUAGCGUAUUUCUUCUCAUUGCAGUUAAAAACCUAUGAGGAUGAUUUCCGACGUGAAAAUGAGGAGAAAGCAGGCAUUCAGAAAAGAAUGGAAACAGCGCAACAGGAAAGUGAACGCUUGAGACGUGAAAAUCAAUCACACAUGGCAACAAUACGUCAUUUUGAAAGUGAAGUAAGGAAUACCUAGUAGCUUUUUAUUACACACUUCUUCACAUCAGUUGUGGUCAACCAAUGUUAUUCUAGUUAGUUAAUUUUCUUGUGUCUGCACAAAAAACAGAUGGCCUGUCAGACAGUUGAUCCAUCUUGACAAAUUUGUUUUCAGUAUAACUUGGGCAAAUAUAUAAGUUUUAUGAACAAAUGAAACAUCUUUCUCUAAAGUUGUAUUUUUUUUAUUUUUAGAUUGAACGUAUGAGCAAAUUAUUGAAUGACGAGAAGAAUCGUCAUAAGGUAAAUGAAUGCAUAUAUGAUUUAAUCUUGUAUUAACAUUUAAUAUUAUAUUAAUAUUUAAUAUUAAUUAUUCCCACAAAGGUUAAAUUGUUAGUGAAGAAAAUUAUUAUUCAUUAACAUAUUUGUUUUACUUCAUAUCUAGACUACCAGCGGCUUUCAGACUGGUUUUGGUCAGCCAUUUGGCUCAAGUGCAUCGAGGAGCUUUUUUCACGUAAGUUGCAAAGUAUCUGUCUUAAAAUUAGGGUUGGGCGAUAUUUCGAUAUUUUGAUUUAUCGCGAUAUUUUCAAUCGCGAUUAUCGUAUCGAAGGUAGAAACCUGAGAGACGAUAUAUCGAAAUUAUCGUCAUGCUCAAUGACUAUCAUGAUAUUGCUUCGCAUGUGUCUAUAGCUUUUAUAAAAUUCUAAAAAAAUAUUUCAAUUCCUGGAAAAUAUAGUUUUUAAAAGAAUUAAAUACGAAUUUAAUAUGAUACAAAAGCUAAUAUUUAUGUAUUAAUUAAUCCGCUAAACACUGAAAUUGCAGGUUUUGCUUGCGCUGUGUGCCCGCGGCAUUUGUGCCAGUGGAGACACAGUAGACACUGCAUAGACAGUUAUGGUUUAUGAACAGUAAAUAUUAGACUAGAAAAAGCCUUCAUAUUACUUUAAUUUGUUGUUUUACUUGUUUUUAAUAAGAUUAUAUAUAAGCUUACUUUGCUUUUAUUUUAUUUGAAAUUGAAAAAUGUGGUCAUUGUUUUUAUUGCAUUUAUCGCGAUAUUAUCGAAUAUCGUGAUAUAUAACUUUUAAUAUAUAUAACUUUUAAUACAAUAUAUAAUAUUUUUUAUUAAAGCACUAUAGAGUAUAGUAAAAAGGCUACCAAAUUAGAAUGUCAAGGCUACCAAGUCAGAAUGUCAUAUAGUUGCUUUAUCAGACCUCGCUUGGAAAAGCAUUUGAUUGAACACACUUUUUUACUCUACUGUAUAACGGGCGACUCAAAACAUGUGCGCGCGCCUUUCUCAAGCGUUUUUUUUUCAUGACGAAGAAACGAUUUAUACGGACGCAAUGACGCAUUACGUUUAUUGACUGCAUUUAUUCAAUAUUGCUUGAUUAAGUAAAUGCGCGCAUAUAGAAACACCUUGGGCUUGGGUCACUAGCAAGGGCUGCUUUAUCAUUUUGUUCGUAGUUUUCCUUUAUAGUUUUUUUUCAUACAAUAUUUUCAUUGCAGGAACGUACCUCACAACCGAUUGUGGUAGCAGAUGGUGCCGGCGGUGUUAAUGAAUCUAGUACCAGCAACCGUCAAGGAAGUCAAGCAAAGUCUUCUCCAACGCUUAUCGAAUGUCCAUAUUGUUCAAGAAGCUACCCUUAUCAUCUGAUCGAAGGCCACGUGCAAGAUUGCAUGGAAGACAGUUUAUACAUGGACGACUAACAAAGGCCCGGCACCGGUUUUCCACUGGGGAAAUUUGUUCGCACGAAGCUAUAUAAAAAUAAAUUCGACAAUAUGAUUAAUUAGCGAAAACAAUCGCAGCGAAUAAGUAGUAUGAUUAUUAUUCAUUGUACUGUGUGAAUCAGUAAUGGCGGGAAAAAGUCAAUGAAUUUUCAUUUAAAUACAGUAUUUGAAUUUUCAUUUGUUUUUAAUUUUCAUUGGUUUUAUUUGUUACUAUCACAGAAUGAAUAAUAAAACAAUUACUGGCUGAUUCUUACGCACGAUAUCCAGAUUAAUACAAUAUACCGGUUGAUAUGCUGCGCAACCUCAUUCAAUAAUUGUUAAUAUCGUCCAACAUUUUCGCGGUGAUUUUUUUUCGCUGAUUAAUCACAUUGCCGAAUUUUUUCCGACUAUAGCGCCGCACAGACAAGUUCGCUCAAUGGAAAACCGGACCUGUUAAACUAUGCAACUUGAAACAGUUGCUGCCAUCGACGAGCCUCGCAAUAUUUUUGUUGCGGGAAGCAUUUCACACAAGCGUCAAGUUUAACUUGACGCGCAAUGCUUCUUGCAACAAAUAUCUUGCGAGACUCGACGAUUGCAGCGAGUGUUACAAGUUGCAUAGUUUAACAGCGCCUUGCAUGGCCGCCGGUUGUCAACGAGUUUUCAUAAGGUUAGUAUUCAUAUUUAUACAGUUGAGUCAGGUGGAAUAGGUGUGUGGCGUAGCAUUCAGGAGGGCCACCAUCAGUGGCGGCGGAACAGGGGGGGGGGCUAGAAGUAAAAGGGUACUUUUAGAAAAUUUAGGUAUAAGGGGAAAAAUUUGCAAUAUUUUGUUUAAAAAAUGUAUGUCCGGAAAAUGUUUUUGUUGUAUGUCCAGAAAAAAUUUUUGUUAUAUGUCUGGAAAAAUUUUUUCAGCCCCUUUUUGUAUAUGUCCGGAAAAUUUUUUAGUUUAUGUCCGAAAAAAAAGUGGCGACGGGGGGGGGGAAGAAAAUUUUAAUCACGAAAUAUGUUCCGCCGCCGCUGGCUACCAUGCACAAGGUGUUGACGAGUGUGUUUUGCCUUUGGGUGUCAUUUUCUUCAUGUUGUGUGGGAAUAUGUUAUUCAUACAAAUGCUGACGUGAAUCAAGUCAUGCGUGAUUUUUGGUUACACUAUUUGAUACGAAUGGAUUUUUUUUCACGAUACAGUAAACUGCCUCAGCUUCCUAUACUAAUUGCCCAUUUGACGUUUACAUCUUUUAUCACUCUUUGUUAAUGUUAUGUAUUUUUUCGUUCAUAUUCAAAUAUAAAAUACAGAAGAUAAUAGUAUAUAAAAUAUUUGGAUAAUACAUUACAUGUAGAAGAUGUUAACCCCUCAUGAUCUGUAAUUUCUAUACGAAGCUGAAGAUAUUGUGUGUGUGAAUACGAAUUGUUUUGAUUUUCGGAGAAAGCAAAAAUAUCUUGAUAGAGAUACCUUCAAGUUGUUUGGUACUACAAGACGUCUGAACUCGCGAGAGGCUGAACAGUAAAGCAUCUUCUCCGCGGUUACGGGGAAACCACACAUGAUAUAUUACUUGAAAGCAAGCAUGUAUUUCGAUGAUAACAUUUUCAAAAUUUUCCUUUCAGAAAGCCUACGCUCAGAAUUUCCACUUCUUUAACAUGUUGCAUCUUAUGCAUUUAAAGAAGCGUGACAAGGGGAAGUAGGGGAAGUAUAUCAUUAAAAAAUUCAAGACUAUAUAAAUUAGACUUUCAAGACUACAUUUUUUAUGCAAUUCUAGAUAAGGCACAUAAAGUGUAAUAUUUAUUAUAAUUUAGCUAGGACCUAUAGGUAAAUCUCGUGUAUGCCAAAAUGAGAACUAUAAUAUCAGGCAAUUUAGGUAGCUACUAUUCAUCUUUAGUAUACUUACAUAAGUGAUUAUUGAAAAUUCUCCACGCUGGUUGGUUGCCGUUGAGGUGAUUAUAGCGCGAUAAUCACCUAGGCGAUUUUCAAAAUGGCGGCCGAAGCCGUGUUGUCAAUUAAAUGACGAAGAAAUGUGUAUUUUUUAUUUUUUACCAAAAAAUCACCUAUGAAAUUAUACGCAUGCAUGCAUGGGAGAUUUAUCUAUUUCACAAAAUAUUAUGUUAAUUUUUUGGGGUUUUUUUUUUGGGGGGGGGGGGGUGUUGUUAUGUUAGUUAAUAACUUAUAAUAAGCGAAGAACGUUAUUCAACUGCAUGUACUGAACAUUUUUGAUGUGUAGUUGAACUUCUGCUUUGAUUUAAAUACGUCUAAAUAAAUAUUAAGUAAAUAAUUGAAACAAUGAAUCGGAAGUUUUCUCGGAAACUUUUUUUGAAACUUUUAUGGAAACUUUAUUGAAAUUUUUAUAAGCUUGUGGUUAAAUUUAACAUGAACAUGAAAUCAAUUGCCUGUAAUAACCAUAAAGGCUAACUAUGAACAAAUAAGCACGCUAUUUUGGUUUUUCCUUAAAGAAUAUUAUUCAGAUAGUGUCUUCAUUUCUGUCAAAAGUUACUUGAGAAAUGUAACUACAUUGAACCAUAUGUGAAUCACAAACAAUAGAUAAGGUUUUUCUGCUUGUUCUUUUUGGCAAUAUUUACUAUGAAGGUGAACGCAAACAUAUUCGACAAAAUAACCAAAUUGUGUUUUUCCAAAUUUUUUUUAAUUUGAAUAUUUUGUAGUUAAAAUGAAAAAUUAAUGUUUUCAUCUUUUUUUGGAGAAUUCGUUUAUUUUUCUACAAAAAAAAAGUGUUCGGGGGUCGUAGAAAUAAUUAAAAUUUGGAAGGUUGAAUGAAUCUAUUAUUUUGUGUUGAAUUACUUUUGUUCUCAACGUUUGCAAUUAUUCUUCUCCUUGUUGUGUGUACCCGUGUUGUAUAGUGUUACGUGUUUUUAGAGCUAUUCAUUUUGGCAUACAAUACCAGUAUAGUCACUAUAGACCUCUCUCUCUCUCUCUCUCUCUGUAUUAAUUUAAAACGUGUUGCAUAUUUUACAUUUUUACAAAACAUUUGUUUUUAUAUCCUUUUGGAGCUUAAAUGUUUCAAAUGGUGUUUAAAUGAAAAGUUUGACAAAAUUAUCUUUAUGACAAAAUUGAAAAUUCAAAUGUCAAAAUUGACCAAAUUCAUUUACCGGACAUUCCGGACAUUGACACAGCAAUAUAUAGUCGAUAUAACUAUCACCUAUCCUUGGCAUAUUAAAACGCAGAUUCUUCAUUACAUUACAUCUAUAUAUGAGCAAAAAAACAGUGCAAUCAAGGUUUGCCCAACUAGUUGCGGAGAAGAUGCUUUACAGGUCUCAAGCAGGUUUCCCACAUGGCUCAGUUUUUAUGAUUUUUUCUUGCUUUUAUGCACAAAAAUGAAACUAUAAUGAUUGACUUUAAAUGAUAAGCCACAACUGACUCAAUGAAUGAUUAUUUAAUUGUCUUUCCUAAAAAGAAAAAUAGCGCUGCGUUAUGCAUAAUAUUCCAGUAGUGUGUCAGGAAAUCUGAAAUUGAAUGCAUGAGAAAACAAGGACUGUAUCUAUUAGUUGAUUCCGGCGAAAUGGAAGUUUGAUCCAAAUAUCUGGGGGUUUUUAUACAGCUAAUUCAAAAAAGGUCAUGUGCAAACCUUAAACUCUAAGCGUGCAAAGCAUAAUGGGAAGUAUCAUUUAAUCAGUUUAAAAAUCAUAUAUGGGGCCCAUUUCUUAGAGACAUGGUAGAUAUGUCCUCACGAGAACAAUUCAUUCACAAAUAGCUGCAAUAUUCAACUACUAAAGCUUGAAACUUGUGCUCUCAUUAAGCUUUGCGCGCUUAGUCCUUAGAGUCUAAGGUUCGGACCUUACAAAGGACAACCUUUUUUGAAUUGGCUGUAUAUUACCAUUAUUGUCUUUGGACACCUCGCAUGCCUUAGAUGUACUAUAUCCAACACGAGUAAGUGUUCUUCAUCUGAUUUCUAAAUACAGACAAGCAGGUUGAAAAUACGAGGCGAAGCAGAGUUUUUUUAACCAGCUUGUCUGUUUAGAAAUCAGAGGAAGAAUACCUGCGAGUUUUGGAUAUAGCUUCUCAAACGAAUCAAACUUUAAGAGAAAAUCGAGUUUAAAGUUGACGAAAAACAGCUGUAAUCUUCCUCUUAUUUCUAAAUACAGAAUUAACAUGAAUGAGUUUGAGAAGCCUAGUUUAGUAGCUACUAUUGUUCUAGUCUACAGAAACAUUUCUACAGAAAUUCUAGAACUUGGUUUAGGAUUAUGUAUAAGCUUCUGUAAACUACAGCAAUAGUAACUAGGUAUGCGAGUUAUCUAAAGUUGUGGACAAACAUUAUCCAAAAUGAACAUGAAUUUAUAAGUUAUCGUAUUUUAUUGUAUACUUGUGCCUUUAUCAGGCUCAGAAUUUAUUAAAAUAUUAAUCAUUGCUCCAACGCAACAAUUAUUAAAAUGGCGGGACAAAAGCGAUAUAAAUGACAAAAAAAGAUAUCAGUUACAAAAAAAGAUAUCGGUUACAUAUCUGUUAUCAUCUGUACAAUGCGCCUAUAAAGGUCUCUUAUGUAGACUGGUACGGUGGUCUUCUGCGUGGAAGCAGAACGGGACAAAUUAUGUAAUUGUAUACUGAGAUAUUAGGCUUUGUAGUACCAUAGAAAGGGCGAACCAUUAAAAAAGUGAUGGUGGAGGGCAAAUUUCAGCUUGUACGAUUAUAUUUUUGCUUGGCUUGUGCUGCAAUUUUUUGCGGAAUUUUUCUUUAACACUUUGCACAAUUUUUUCAUUUGUGUUCCUUUGCACACUGUUUUUUGCCCCCCAAUCACUUUUCUAGUGGUCCGCCAAUGUAUAGGUACAGGAAUACAUACCUUAUAUAGUCAGGAAUACUUGAGUGUUUUAAAUUAUGUUAAAUGCCUGAUUGUUUCGAAUCACUGGCAUUAUGUUACUACAGUAUUUUUGUAAAAUUUACAUAAGUUUUAAGAUUUUUAUAAUAGCCUGUGUAGUCAGGACUAUAAUUUUAAUUAUUGUAUAUAUAUAUAU